UAAUUCUAUUUUUGAAAAAAAAAACAAGGUGGCAUCACAACACGAGUUUCGUAGAUAAAGAAAGAAAAAAGAGCAAAAAAAGCCGCAAGUUAGUCAGUGGAAAAAGAAAUUAAUUAAAUUUAAUUAGUUGUUGGAAAUAUAAUAGAUUUUCUAUUUCAAAAUUCUUUCAGUUGUGUACGUUUUAUCAAAAGAGCAACGAAAAGAACGAAGUUACACUUUUCAGUGUAGUUUUUGUGGUGAAAAAUGCGUGUAACAAAUUUUUUCAGCAGCAAUGCGGGAACGCUUACGCUUGUAACACUUCUGCUGCUGGGUUCGCUGCAAUUUAUUGCUACGGACACUGCGGAAGACUUCGAGGAUGGCGAAGUAGAGGAUGUACAGGAUGAAACUACUGGUGCGCUGAGUGAUAACGGCGAAGAACUUGUCUAUGAGAGUCCAAAAUACGAUGCUUCAAAAUUCCAUUUUGUUGAUCAUUUUGAUAAUUUAGAGGAGUCCCGUAAACGUUGGACGAAAUCUCAAGCCAAAAAAGAUGAUACAGCUGAAGAAAUAGCUAAAUAUGACGGAAAAUGGGAAUGGGAAGCACCUCAGCGCAUUGUUUGGAAAAAAGAUAUUGGCUUAGUACUUAAAUCGAAAGCCAAACAUGCAGCCAUAGCAGCACCGCUCGUCAAACCAUUCUCAUUUGACGGCGAUAAGCCGUUGGUAGUACAAUACGAAGUAACAUUACAGGAUGGUCAAGAAUGUGGUGGUUCUUACAUUAAAUUGUUAUCUGAAGGCAAAUACACAAAAGACUUAACUAAGUUUAACGAUAAGACACCAUACACUAUUAUGUUUGGCCCAGAUAAGUGUGGUAAUGAUCAUAAGAUGCACUUUAUUUUCCGUCACACUAAUCCAAUUAAUGGCAGUAUUAGUGAGAAGCACUGCAAUAAACCUAAGAGCCGCCUAGAGGAACCAUUUAAAGAUAAAUUACCUCAUUUGUAUCAGUUGGUUGUACGUCCCGACAAUACAUUUGAAAUUCGUCUGGAUCAUGAAAUUAUUAAUCAAGGUUCCCUAUUAACAGAAUUUAAUCCACCAGUUAAUCCACCACGUGAAAUUGAUGAUCCUGAAGAUAUAAAACCCAAAGAUUGGGAUGAACGUGAAAAAAUACCAGAUCCUACCGCACAAAAACCAGCAGAUUGGGAUGAUGAUGCACCACCACAAAUACCUGAUCCAACUGCUGUUAAACCAGACGGCUGGUUGGAUGAUGAGCCUGAUAUGAUUCCAGAUCCUACUGCACAGAAACCUGAAGAUUGGGAUACUGAAAUCGAUGGUGAAUGGGAAGCUCCGCUGGUCGAUAAUCCUGUUUGUGAAAAGGCUGUUGGUUGUGGUAGCUGGAAAGCACCACUUGUACCUAAUACCGAAUAUAAGGGUAAAUGGCGUGCACCAUUAAUCGACAAUCCUAAUUAUCAAGGCAAAUGGGCUGCUCGUAAAAUACCAAAUCCCGAUUACUUUGAAGAUAAGAAUCCAUUCAAAAUGACUCCAAUUUCUGCUAUUGGUAUUGAGUUAUGGUCGAUGUCAAGUGACAUACUCUUCGACAAUUUACUUCUCACUGAUGACAUCGCUGCCGCACUUAAUUUUGCUGAACAAACUUUUAAUCUAAAACGCAAAUAUAUUGAUAAGGAAUCGAAAACAUUCUGGCAUCGUUUAAUGAAACGUAUGAAUUAUAAGCCCGGCUGGUGGGCCUUGUAUUUUCUAUAUUUGCUUAUACCGGCGAGCUGUUAUGUGUUCUACUUGUACCGCCGUGCUAAAGAGGAUACCGGAGAUGAUGCAAAGAAGACUGAUGAAGUACAACCAGAUACCGUAGAUGAAGACGAUGACGUUAAAGAGGAAUUAGAGAAUGAUGAUGCAGAUAAAGAAGUUGAUACUCCUCUCUCUACCACAGGAGCUAGUCACAGAGCAAAAAAGUCUGAUUUAGAUAUAAAUGAAGAUAAUGAUGCAGAAGAAGAUAACGAAGCAGAUGAUGCUACAGAAGAAGUUAAUACAGAAGAGACUGAAGAAACUGCUUCCAUAUCUCCAAAGGGUGCUCGUAAGCGUCGUGUGCGUAAAGAUCAGUCCUAAAUGCUAAGAGUUUUAUUUCAUCUUAUACUUAAAAUUCCAAAAACAAAAAAAAUGUACAGAUGAAAAUUUUGCAUUCGUCGCAAAUAGUCGACACCGGCUGUACGCUCAGAAAUCAGAAAAGCUUUUCUAUCUCAAUAUAUAAUAAAACAAUUCACCACGAAAUUAUUCUGAAAA